CUGAGUAUUGUGCUGGGUGGGACCAUGCAUAGGAACGAAUAUCGAUUAGAUCGAUGAGCAUGCAGCCUGAUGGCCGAUUUAUGUGUUUCUUAGACUGCUAUAGCAAGUAUAAUGCUGCCUGUCAUCUCACGUCAGCCACACGAUGAGCUGGCAUUUAGGUAACAAGCAAGUCAACAGGCAGAUGGAGAGAUAAAGUUCCCAUGGUCGCAUCAGACUCGCAGGCUCCAUAUAUAUACAGAGACUGCAGUCGUUUCAUCUUAAUCUCAUCUGGAUACAUUCACUCCACGAUAACAAAACAAGACUACAAAUCUUCUGAUUUCACCAUGGCAUCCACCUUUGCCAACCAGGCCGACACCUUCCAAGCCACUCUGAUGAGCCUCUUUGUCGGCAAUCCUGACGACACCGAGGCCGACCUGUCCAAGGUGUUCACACCCACCUUCAUCCAACGCGACGACGACACCACCCGCGACUUUGCCGGGUUUGUCCAACACAUGAAGUGGCUGCGCGAGAAUCUCCCGGCAGGCAGUGUCAACAUCACCAUCACGCAAUUCCUGCGCGACGGCCCUCAUUUGGCAGAACGACACGAUUCGACGUUGACCAAGCCCGACGGGACCGUCAGUGCGGCCGAGACAUUGUUGUUUGCGGAAGUGGCGGAAGACGGACGGAUUGCUUGGAUUGUGGAGGCUGUGAAACCUCGGAAGUGAAGUUAUUAGGGUUACAUUCAGUCAAAGAAUGGGUGAUUGUUCCUGUUUCAUGCGACCGAAUCCCGGUGGGGUAUUGUAAUUAGGUGGGAUUUAAUUGCUAAGGCAUCGGUCUCCAACGGAGUAAUUUUAAUAACAUGAUUGCUGCUGGUGGUGGAUAGAGAUGGCGUUAUCCAGGCAGCUACAAGCCCUGACUGGAACACCCGGGGGGAUGAGUUGGAUGGUGUCAUCCAGACUACCCCUCACUCACUCACCCACUCCCUCCGUCUCCACUCUCUCCUGAUAAGCACUAUCGGCUGCAGAACCACUAUCUCCUGUCGACUCGAUAGUCCCCACUAGUGGCCUCGCCUGCCG